AUGUCAAAAGAAGCCGAAAACAAAGAUCUUUUGCAGCUCUUCGUGGCUUCUACUAUAAACGGCUUCGUAAAGAAAAAGAAGGAUUUCAAUAAAGAUGAAAUAGAGUUCGAAAUUGAUGCAUUCUUGACAAGCUUGAAUGCAUUACUACACAGCUACUCUGACAGAUUCAAAAUACAAAAAUAUGUCAAUAAUAAUAUAGAUCAAAACACAUUAGCAAAAAUAAUUGAAAAUAGUCCAUUUUGUGAAAUCGCUAAUGUUACUAAGAGUAAAGUUGUAAUUCAAAAGGAUUCCAACAAAUACGAAUCAGUUCUUGCAAGCACCGUAGUCUCGUCUACUAUUGAAUACUCCAAGUUUUUAAUUAGCCGAGUAAAUGACUUACUGAAUGAAAGUGAAGCAGUGGAAUUAAAUCAAGUUCUUGAAAGUAAUGAAACGAGGAAAAUAGAUGAGCUGCUAAGUGAGGUUGGAAACGCAAAAGAUGGCAAUGGGAAAGAGCAGGAUAUAAGCAAUGAUAAAGAUAGUGAAACCUUAAAUCAUGAUAAAAAAGAACUAGAGCAAUUAAAGGAGGAUGUAACGGAAUUAGAGAGUGUGCCAAUUCAAAGCCAAGAUAGUGAUAAAAAGCAAAGCACUUUUGAGAAAUCAGAUGUGAACAAAAAUAAGUCUGUCGACACGGCAGAAAAAGAGGAGAUUAAGUAUUCUGAAAAGACCGAGGAAGUUACAGGGAAAGGACAGAAUAUGGAAGAUGACAGUGAUGAGGCUUUAGAGCAAACUCCAAGAGAUGCUGAAUCUAACGAAAUAGAAAGAGAUGGCAGUAUUGGGACAGACAGAAACUCGGAAGAUGGUAGUCCUACUGAAACCAAGUUCCAUGAUGCGGCAUCCAAACUAGAGGAGAUACUGCCUUCGGGAACACCACAUGAAGUCUCACCGCCCGUUGAUAGUGGAAGCGAUGGAACUACCCAUGAUGAUUCUAAUCUCGUCAAGCCUCUGCAAAAUUCUCUCAAGAGAUCAGCUUCUCCAUCCGUAGCAUCCAGCCAACAUAAAAGAUUCCAACACAUUGCAAUAAAUUUGCUCAAUAGCAUUCAAGAGCAUCGUUUUUCAUCUCCCUUUUUACAAGCUGUGAAUAAAAGAGAAGCUCCAGACUAUUAUGACUUGAUCUACGAACCUAAGGAUUUGAAAAACAUUUUGAAAUCUGUUAAACUGAAACAAGAGCCAGCCGAAUAUAAUCUGAUAAAGCAAUUGAAAAGGGAUAUCAUGCUUAUGUUUGCAAAUUGUGUUAUGUACAACCAAUCAAAUGAGAGUUUAGUAGACUUAACCAAGAGCAUGAGAAACGACGUUAAUAAUAUAUUUAGUUUAUUCGAGGAAGCGGAACUGGAUAUCAGACAAGAUUAA